AUGGCCUGUCUGAUGGCCACUUUCUCGGUCGGCACCGCCAUGAACGGCUCUUCAGGGAUGACCGAGCCCAAGUCAGUGUGCGUCUCCGUGGACGAGGUAGUCUUCGGCAACAGGGACGCCAUGGAGAAGGAGCUGCUGAACGGACAUCUGAAGAAGGAGGACAACAAUCUCACAGAAGCCCAGCGCCUCUCCUCCCUGCCUCGGAGAGCGGCAGUGAACAUCGAGUUCAGGGACCUCUCCUACUCUGUCCCAGAAGGCCCCUGGUGGAGGAAGAAAGGAUACAAGACACUUUUGAAAGGCAUUUCUGGAAAGUUCAACAGUGGAGAGCUGGUGGCCAUCAUGGGUCCUUCUGGGGCUGGGAAGUCCACACUCAUGAACAUCCUGGCUGGAUACAGGGAGACCGGCAUGAAGGGUGAGGUCCUCAUCAAUGGGCUUCCCCGGGACCUGCGCUGCUUCCGGAAGGUGUCCUGUUACAUCAUGCAGGAUGACCUGCUGCUGCCACACCUGACCGUGCAAGAGGCCAUGAUGGUAUCCGCACACCUCAAACUCCAGGAGAAGGAUGAAGGAAGAAGGGAGAUGGUCAAGGAGAUCCUGACAGCCCUGGGCCUGCUGUCUUGCGCCAACACGCGAACUGGCAGCCUCUCGGGUGGCCAGCGGAAGCGACUGGCCAUCGCGCUGGAGCUGGUGAACAACCCUCCGGUCAUGUUCUUCGAUGAGCCCACCAGUGGCCUGGACAGUGCCUCCUGCUUCCAGGUUGUCUCCCUGAUGAAGGGGUUGGCCCAGGGCGGCCGGUCCAUCAUCUGCACCAUCCACCAACCCAGUGCCAAGCUCUUCGAGCUGUUUGACCAGCUCUAUGUCCUCAGUCAAGGACAGUGUGUGUACCGAGGGAAAGUCUCAAACCUUGUACCGUAUUUGAGGGACUUAGGUCUGAAUUGCCCAACCUACCACAACCCGGCCGAUUUCGUCAUGGAAGUCGCGUCCGGCGAGUACGGUGACCAGAACGGCCGCCUGGUGAGAGCGGUCUGGGAGGGCAAGUGCGACUCUGACUGCAGGAGAGAGCCUGGGGGCGAUGCCGAGGUGAAUCCUUUUAUUUGGCACCGGCCCUCUGAAGAGGACUCCACUUCCAUGGAAGGCUGCCACAGCUUCUCUGCCAGCUGCCUCACCCAGUUCUGCAUCCUCUUCAAAAGGACUUUCCUCAGCAUCAUGAGGGACUCGGUCCUCACGCACCUGCGGAUCACGUCCCACAUCGGCAUCGGCCUCCUCAUUGGCCUGCUCUACCUGGGGAUUGGGAACGAAGCCAAGAAGGUCCUGAGCAACUCUGGCUUCCUCUUCUUCUCCAUGCUCUUCCUCAUGUUCGCGGCCCUCAUGCCCACCGUCCUCACAUUUCCUCUGGAGAUGAGCGUGUUUCUCCGAGAACACCUGAAUUACUGGUACAGCCUGAAGGCCUACUACCUGGCCAAGACCAUGGCGGACGUGCCCUUUCAGAUCAUGUUCCCCGUGGCCUACUGCAGCAUCGUGUACUGGAUGACGUCCCAGCCGUCUGACGCUGUGCGCUUUGUCCUGUUCGCGGCUCUGGGCACCAUGACGUCACUGGUGGCGCAGUCCCUGGGCCUGCUGAUCGGAGCCGCGUCCACGUCACUGCAGGUGGCGACCUUCGUGGGACCCGUCACAGCCAUCCCCGUGCUCCUCUUCUCAGGGUUCUUUGUCAGCUUUGACACGAUCCCCACCUACUUGCAGUGGAUGUCCUACGUCUCUUACGUCAGGUAUGGGUUUGAAGGGGUCAUCCUCUCCAUCUACGGCCUCGACCGGGAGGACCUGCACUGUAACACCAACGAGACUUGCCACUUCCAGAAGUCAGAGGCUAUCCUGCGAGAGCUGGAUGUGGAGAACGCCAAGCUCUACUUGGACUUCAUUGUCCUGGGGAUUUUCUUCAUCUCCCUGCGUCUCAUCGCCUACCUCGUGCUGAGAUACAAAAUACGGGCCGAGAGGUAA